AUGACUGAACUCAAGAACAUGAUGGCUCAAGUUCUUAAGGGACAGCUCAAGCAUAUCAAUGCAAUAGAAGGGAUGAGUGAUGCUAAUGAAGACCCAUCAAGAGAAUGCAUGGGAGAUUUCUCUAAUGAAGCCAAUGAAGAAGAUGUGAACUACAUUGGAAACUAUGGGAACAAGGGAUACAAUCCAAGCUAUCGCCCAAACCCCAACAUGUCUUAUAGAAACCCCAAUGUGGAGAAUCCUCAAGACCAAGUGUAUCCUCCAAGGUAUCCACAACAACAAAGACCUCCUUACCAAUCUCAAGGAAGUCAAUUUCAGCCAAGGCAAGGGUAUGAGCAGAGAUCAUCAUAUCCGCCCAAGGAGCCAUAUGCUUCUUCACCAAAUCAAGCUCCUCCAAACCAACAAGGUGGGAGAUUUGAAGGAAUCCUCCAACAGAUCAUGGAUGGCCAGAAGAGAAACACUAAAGAGAUGUAUGAGAAGAUGGACACUUUGUUCAGCAAUCUCAACACCAAGUAUGAUGCUGUUGCCACUCAUGUGAAGAAACUAGAGACUCAAGUCACCAAACUAUGGAAGCUGUUAAGAGACAGGAAGCUGAAUCCAAGAAGUCCUUUUGCAACUCAGCCGCCAUAG